AUGGUUGUCCUCUCCAAGCCAAUUGCCGCUGUCGCGGUCUUUAUCAGCCUCGUCUCUGCUCAGUCCUUCCAACGUCUGGGUGCUUGCCCGGAUCUUGGAUGUAUCCUUCCUCCAGAUCAGGCCGAUUUCCUGGCUGGUCAGCGAUUCGAUAUCCGCCUUGAAGUCCAUGCUCCAGUCAACGGAUCCGAGGCUACCGGAAACCCAAACCCAGACGAGAACUUCGAGUUCACCAUUGAGCGAGUUGGUGGUCACCGUGGUAUCCUUUCCGGCUCCAAGUGGUUCAAGAUUGCCGAACCAAAGCUCGAGAAGUGGACCUUCGGAUGGUUCGAGGAUUACUUUGCCCGUGAUGCUGGCAAGCCAUCCAUGGUCAACGUCGCCUCCAAGGCCUACCGAAAGGUCUACCUUGAAGAGGCCGGUGAAUACAAAGCCACCCUCAAGUAUGAUGGCAAGACUACCACUGCCAUCUGGACCGUCCGCAAGAUGGAGGAGGUCAGGAAGACAAGGAACAUCCUCUUCUUCAUUGGAGACGGAAUGACCACCAACAUGAUCACUGCUGCUCGUCUCAUUGGGCACAAGUCCAAGAACGGCAAGUACCAGUCUAAGAUGGCUAUGGACAAGUUCCCAGUCCUCGGCCACGCCAUGACCCACUCCGUUGAUACUUUCAUUACCGACUCUGCCAACUCCGCCACUGCUUUGUACACUGGCCACAAGACCACUGUCAAUGCUCUCGGUACAUACGUUGACUCCAGCCCCAGCGUCUUCGACGACCCAAAGAUCGAGUCCAUUGUCGAGAUCUUCUACCGUGUCUACCGCGGACACGUUGGUAUCGUCAGCACAGCUGCUGUUGCUGAUGCUACCCCAGCCGGUUUGACCGCUCACACCCGUGACCGUAACCAAUACCCAUACUGUGUCGAUUCAUUCCUCCAUGGUACCACCAACUACAGCUGGGUUGAUUGGCACGGUCCCGAUGUUCUCUUCGGCGGUGGUGCUGAGCAAUUCUAUGCUGGUGGUAGAACCUACCAAAACAAGGACUACUACAAGGAGUUCGCCAAGGAGGGAUACGGAGUCUACUUGAACAAUACCUCCCUCCAGACCGCUCCUAACACCGAGCGUGCCCUUGGUAUCUUCUCUGUUUCCCACAUGUCCAAGUGGCUUGACCGUAACGUCUGGAAGGAGAACCUUGAGAACCAAGGCAAUCAUCCAUCCGGUAAUAAGGCUAGCGCCACUGACCAGCCCGGUCUCAAGGAAAUGACCCUCAAGGCCAUUGAUAUCCUCCACACCCGCUCCAAGGCCGACAAGCGUCACUCAUCUCAAGGUUGGUUCCUCAUGUCCGAAGCCGCCUCGAUUGAUAAGAUGAUGCAUCUUCUCGACUACGACCGUGCCCUUGGUGACCUCCUCGAAUUCGACGAUACUAUCAAAGCCUCCAUUGAAAAACUCAAGGAACUUGGUGAACUCUCCAAGACUCUCAUCGUUGUCACCGCUGACCACGGCCACGGUUUCGACGUCAUGGGUUCCGUUGACACAAAGUACAUGGCCGCCCAAACCGACCAACGUAAGAAGCGUAACGCUGUCGGUGUCUAUGAACAAUCCGGUCUUUCCGAGUACAUCAACACUGGUGACUUGACUUACACCGAAGGUUCCCACUUCCCCACCAACUGGACUCCCCGUUAUGCUCUUUUCGCCGGUACCGCUGCUUCCACCGAUCGUCGUGAAAACUACAGAGUUCACCAGGGCGGUCCCCGUCUACCCACAACCAACACUCCCGGCCGCGCCAGCAACGACUACUAUGCCAAUGACAAGGACGGCCAGCCAGACGGUUUCGUUGUCAAUGGUACUCUUCCACUCGACCAAUCCCAGGGUGUUCACUCGCUCACCGACGUUCCGGUCUUUGCUAUGGGCCCAUGUCAAGAGUUGUUCGGAGGUGUUCAGAACAACAUCGAUAUCUUCUUCAACAUGGCCAACUGCUUGGGUCUUAGCAGGACUGCACACGGAAAGGGACAGGAUCCUAUUGGUAACUAA